UUAUAAAUGUGCACUUGGUGAGAUAAAUUUAUCAAGAAUUUUUUUUUUUACCUAAAGAUAUGCAGAUGAAGUUUCUUAAAAAGAGUAACCAAAGUAUGCAGACCAUCAUCUGUCAACAUUGCCAAAGGAAUACAGGCCAUCAGCUGUCAACACUGCCCAAAGUAUACAGACCAUCAUCUGUGAACACUGCCAAAAAUAUACAGACCAUCAUCUGUCAACAAGCGACGAAAUUGAGUACUACUAAUUAUACAAGGCAAAUGAGUAGUACAAUAAAUCCAGAAGAGCUUCAGAAGUUUAGAUUAUUAUCACAGAAAUGGUGGGAUUCACGAGGUGAUUUUGCUGUACUCCGAGCUAUGAACUCGUUGCGUAUUCCACUCGUUAGAGAUGGAUUGAAACACACAGGUAUUGCCUCUUUAAAAGCUACACUGGGACCAAAGCCUUUAGACGGUUUGAAAAUAUUGGAUGUGGGUUGUGGAGGUGGACUGCUGUGUGAGCCCUUAGCAAGACUAGGUGCAAUCGUCACAGGAAUUGACCCACUUCAAGAGAAUAUUGAAGUUGCUAAGCAACACUCUGCCCAAGAUCCUCAGAUUAGUGGUCAGAUUACUUACCUGGUGUCUAGUGUGGAAGAACAGGUUCAAAACCAGCCAUCUUAUUAUGAUGCAGUAGUAGCAAGUGAAGUGGUUGAACAUGUGGACAACGUGGAGGUUUUUAUCAGCUCAGCUGUAGAUUUAGUCAAGAAGGGGGGUUCUUUGUUUUUCACUACUGUCAACAGGACAUGGUUGUCAUACGUUUUGGCCAUUUGCAUUGCUGAAUGGGGUUUGAGGAUAGUUCCGAGAGGAACACAUGAAUGGAGCAAGUUUAUUCCACCUGUUAAUCUGAAAGAACAACUAGAGUCAAAGAACUGUCAUAUUCAGUUGCUACAUGGCAUGUGUUACAACCCAGUCACAAGGAAGUGGUCAUGGAUUACUGAUAGCAGUGUCAACUAUGCCCUCCAUGCUGUCAAGCUGAACGAGACUCACACCACAUAGAGAAUUCAAAAACAUUUUUGUGAUAAUGUGUUUAGUUGUUUCAGUAAUAUAUGCAAGAAAGAACAAUAACUUAUAUUUAAUUAAAAGUGCUCAUCCUCAAUAAAAAAAAAUAACUAAAAUUAAAGGUCUUAGUGUUUAAAGAAAAUGUUCCCAUUUCAUACUUCUAUUAAUAACAAAUGUUGAGAAUUGAAUAAAUUGAAGAUACUUGCUGUACUGUUUAUUAAAUGAGCUUAUUGUA